AUGGGAGGAGAGAAAUUGCCUGCCAUGGACGGUGGGAACUUCAACCAUCACAAUACGGUGGCCCCGAAAGAAGAAAAGGUCUUCCCUCUCUUCAACAACACAGGCAAGACGGCCAUUGUUUCAGGAGCCGGUGCAGGAAUUGGAUUAGCUGUUGCUCAGGCUUUGGCCGAGUCUGGAGCAAACGUGGCGAUAUGGUAUCAUGGUAACAAGAAAGCUCUGGAUCGUGCCAAAGAUAUUGAAAAUGAAUAUGGUGUCAAAUGCCGAGCAUAUCAGGUAGAUGUCCGAAGCCAGACGCACGUCAAAGAAGUGAUUGAUGAGAUUGUGAAUGAGUUCAAUGGCCGCCUCGACAUUUUCGUUGCCAAUGCCGGCAUCCCAUGGUCUCAAGGCAGCUUUCUCGACGGUGAGAUCGAACAUUACAAGAACGUCAUGUCUACCGAUAUGGACAGCGUGUAUUACUGUGCAUAUGCCGCUGGGCUCCAUUGGAGACGCCAAAAGAUGGAGGGGACGGAUUUGAAUGGAAAGAAGCUCGAGAAUUUCAGGUUGGGAAGUUUCAUUGCCACCGCGAGUAUGAGCGGGCAUAUCGUCAACAUCCCUCAGCUGCAGGCGGCGUACAAUGGAGCCAAAGCCGCAGUCAUCCAAUUCGUCAAGUCGAUAGCCAUUGACAUGGUACAAUUCGCCCGCGCCAAUACUGUCUCCCCUGGUUACAUGGCCACAGAGAUAUCGGAUUUCGUGCCGAUAGAGACGAAGAAUAUAUGGAGAGAUAAGAUACCCAUGGGACGCGAGGGUGAAGCGCAUGAGCUCAAGGGAGCGUUCCUGUAUCUGGCUUCUGAUAUUUCAAGCUACACGACUGGCAGCGACAUCAUGGUUGACGGCGGCUACUCGAUAGUAUAG